UAAAUGACCCUUUCCGCUUCCUCACUCUGUCCUGCAGAAGCAGUCGCAUCACGUGAAGUUUUGGGAUGCCAUAUCGCAGCGUCGCCGGAACUGCAUAGCUCUCCGUAUUCUGUCUUCUGGUUGGCUCUCUCAUUUCCUCUGUUGGAAUUUUCAUAGCUAUCUUAAAUGAAUUCGAGAAAAGCUCUUAGCAAGUCUACCAAUGCUGCAGCUGAUGCUGGUGGCACAUCAUCAGUAAAAGUAAACCAAUAUGAAGAAUAUAGUUAUGAAGGGGGGAAUGUUGUUCGUUUGAACCAUCAGAUGAAAGAUUUAGAAAUAGAGCCUAAUCAAGAUGCUGAUAGGGGUUUGACUUGGAAUCAUUCUAUUAAUCAACUAGGUGUUACUGGCGGUAAAGGAAUGAAUGCUUCAUCUGUUGCUCCUAAAGCUUGGGGCCCUUCACAAGGCACACAGAUGCAAAGUUUGGGCGAUACUGGUGCAGGAAGAAUAUCUCACGACAGUUGGCCUAAAGUCAUUAAUUCCAAAGAAUCAGUUGGGGGAGAAAGCUCUAAGGCUCAACAAUUAGAUAGCAGUUGGGGCUCUUGGGGAACUGCUUACAAGGUACCAUCCGCAGCCAUUCAUCCACCACUACAAAAUGGGUGGCAGUGGUCUGCAAGAGCUGGUAAGCCUGGCCUGCAAACCAAUACUCCAGUUAAAAACUGCAAUAUGCAUCCUCAGGAUGAACUUCCUCAAGAUGUUGAUAACGAUAUUGAAGAUGAUGAUGAGUUGCUAGAUGAUAGUGAGGAUGAUUUUAGUGAUGGCUUUGACUCUGAUGAUAGUCAAAAGAGCCAUGAUACACGUAAGAAGAAUAAGUGGUUGAAGCCAUUUUUUGAAUCUUUGGAUAAUCUGAAUUUGGAGCAAAUAAAUGAACAAGCUAGACAAUGGCACUGCCCUGCCUGCCAGGGUGGUCCGGGAGCUAUUGACUGGUACACUGGUCUUCAACCUCUAAUGACACAUGCAAAGACAAAAGGAAGAAUGAGGAUGAGGCUUCAUAGGGAACUUGCUGAACUUUUGGAGGAGGAACUACGAAGAAGGGGUACAUCAAUCAUUCCAGCUGGUGAAGCAUUUGGAAAAUGGAUGGGUCUGUGUGAGACAACACCUGAUCAUGAGAUUGUCUGGCCUCCAAUGGUGGUUGUGAUGAAUACACUACUAGAAAAAGAUGAGAAAGAUAAGUGGAAAGGCAUGGGUAAUCAAGAGCUUCUUGAAUAUUUUAAUACUUAUGAAGCAGUAAAAGCUCGUCAUUCCUAUGGUCCAAAUGGGCAUCGAGGCAUGAGUGUUCUAAUCUUUGAAUCCUCUGCAUUGGGAUAUUUCGAAGCUGAACGAUUGCACAGGCAAUUUAGAGGUGAGGGAAGAGAUCGGGAUGCUUGGGAAAAGCGCCCUACACUGUUCUAUCCAGGGGGUAAGCGUCAGCUAUAUGGUUUCUUGGCAUCCAAAGAAGAUCUGAUCAUCUUCAACCAACAUUCUCAUGGGAAAGCAUGCCUGAAGUUUGACAUGAGAUCUUACCGAGAAAUGGUUGUGAACCCAAUGAAGCAGAUGAGUGAAGAUAACCAGAAGCUGAUUUGGCUUAAGAACAAAGUUGUAAAACAAGAGCAGCGCUCAAAGGCUCUUGAGGUGUCAUUUGACAUGUUGAGCCAGAAAUUGCGUGAUACAGUGGAAGAAAACCGGAUUGUGAGGCUCAGAACAAAGAUUCAACAUGAAGAAAAUAAAGAAGAGAUGGAUUUUCAAGAGAAAUUUGUCAAGGAUCAAAUGGACAAAAUACAUAAAAUAACAGAAGAUAAGGAAAAGACAUCUAAGAAUUUGUCACAGGAGCGAGCAAAGGUCAAUUUGUAUGAUGUCAGCAACUCUGGAACCAUUGUAGACUGCAGGCAAAGCAGGGAAGAGGAGAUGCAAAAGUUCAUUCCCAGCCAGUUAAAAGGUGUUGAGGAGUUUGAAGCUGAGAGGGCAAAACUGAUACUAUCUCAUGAAGAAAAGAAGAUUGAGCUGAAGCAAAAGCAUUUGACAGAGGAGAUUGAAUUAGGAAACAACUUUGAAGCUGAGCUUACCAAAUUGAUUGAAAAGUACUCUCUUCCUUCCUCUCAAAUUUCAAGUAGCUCAUAAUGCCUGAAAUUCGAAACUCUUAAUUUCAAGUAGCUCAUAAACAGAUGCAGCUUGAAUUUACAUCAGAAUUUCGUUUUAGUUUUUGAUUUUGGUUCUUUUGUUUUUACUGACAAAGUUGGAAAAACUUGACCAGCAAAACAAACCAUUUGUUUUUUU